UGGAUGGAGACUAAACUCCUUCUACCCUAACGCGGCCCGCAGGCCAAGAAAGGAGCUUUUUUCAGCCACUGCUUGCUUCUAUUAUUGACAGCCAUGUUUUGUUCCCGCACGCGUGGAGUCCGUUCAUGGCAAAGACGAUUUGGGUUAUUUAUCCCGCGUUGAUUCAAUCGCUGGCCUCUAAGGUGACCACCUCCUACCGCCUCGGAACCGCUCCAAUCUUGCUAGUUUGAUGCCAGUCAAAUGUCCUAACUAGAAGGAAAGGGCUUAUACGGGAGCUCUUAGGCACACGCCUAUGUGACAGCCCCCGGGCUCAAACAGAUCAAAACUACCCAGGCGCAGAGCAACAUAAACCGCAGGCUGUGGACUGUAGACGGCGGAAGUAACACAUCGGCGAUUCAAGAUGAAGGAGAUAGAUAUUGAGGAAGCGGCGGUUACCCCGUCACCGAAAGCAAGCAAAGGUCAAAAUUGGCCUCUUGUUGCGUGGAUAACGGUGAAUGUGUUGGCGACAACGGCGAUUGUCUAUGUUAAUAAAUUAAUCUUCACCGACCCGUCCCUAGGGAGAUGCCCUCUGGGCUUUGUCGCCUUCCACUUUUUCAUCACAUCGGCGAUGUUAUACUUUACUUCUCGCCCGAAAGUGCGCCUGUUCGUCCCAGUACGGGCGAGUAUCGUCUCCGUGCUCCCUCUCACAUUGAUUAUGUGCGCCAACGUUGUCUUCCUAAACUUGUCGCUUGCCUUUUCCACGAUCAUAUUCUACCAGGUCGUUCGGAUUCUACUCACUCCUCUUACUGCCAUCAUCGAUUUUUGCUUCUACGGCUCGAAAAUCCCUUUCAGGGCAUGUCUCGCCCUUAUCCCUACCUGUAUCGGAGUCGGGAUAGUAUCAUACUAUGACUCCUCCUCAAAAUCUAAGAAAGCCACUGUAGAAACUACCUCAGCGCUUGGCGUGGCCUUCUCAUUUGCUGGCGUCACUAUCAGCGCGAUAUACACCCUUUGGGUUGCACAGUAUCACAAAAAGCUGAAGAUGGAUAGUAUGCAGUUACUUUAUAAUCAGGUCCCCUUCGGCGCAUUGCUUCUCUUCAUCUUCAGCGUUCUCACAGAUACAUUUCCUGUUUGGGGUGACGUGGUCCCUCGACAAUGGAUGUUACUUGUGAUCAGUGGAGCUUGCGCCUGUAUCGUCAACCUCUCUCUCUUCUUCAUUAUCGACCAUGCAGGCCCGGUCAGUAGUACCGUGACUGGCCACCUAAAAACUUGCGUCAUCGUUGGACUUGGCUGGGCCACGAGCGAAAAGGUAGUGGGUUUUGAAAGCAAGUUUGGUAUCCUUUUCGCAAUAUUAGGGAUCAUGCUGUACUCGUUUGUGAUGCAUGGGAGGAAUGCGAAAGGUUCUCAACCGGAAAAGGGCAGAGAGGACGAAGUCGUGAAAUAGAUGCCCAGGGAUGGAUGAGAAUGUUUAUGUUGUAUGAUUCUAUUGCCACCCCCCCUCCCACUUGAGGGAUUAUAAUGUUGAUAUAACGUCAGCUGCUAUUUAACCAUCUGUGUACAUGUACUUAAUUUUUUGGGAGGUUAUACAGUGUCUUGGUGAUCAGUUUUGGAAAGCGUGAGUGGUACAUGGAAUUUAAUGUUUAUUGACUGGGGACUGAUUAAUAGAUAAAUUAUACGAGCAACCAUUCAUUAUUGUUUUGACAUACUUGCGGUGACAUUCAAGGUUCAAACUCCCCAUAAUCCAU